AUGUUCCUGUAUCUUUCAUAUAAAUUGCUCACGUGGCCUCUUCGCCUGCUGCCAGAAACUGAGAUGGCGUUGCUGAUGCGCCUCUUCGCCUGCUGCAUUCUGAUCCUUCUUUCAGUGUCAAAUGUUUCAGGUUGGAAAAACAGCGGUUCAUUUGAUUCCGUCGCUGAAACUGCUCAACAAGGUUACCAACAACAGCAUCGCCGCGUGUUGAACAACAGAAUUGCUACAACGUCCACUCCUCUGAACACUCCUUUAUCCACCAUUCCUGCCACCUCCACCGCCUCCUCCACCCCCACCUCCGCUGAAGCUGUUUAUCAGCUCGCCCUGGAGCUGAUAGCUGUUUUAUUGAACGACCCAACAUUGAGCAGCCUGAUAAGCAGGGCUGGUGUUCGGUUCGGCAAUGUGGAUCUGCCUCAGAUUGGGAACACGUUGGCGAGUGGCGGUGGUGCAGGUGUUGUGGUUGUGGGGGGCGGUUCAGGCUCUAGUGGUGAAAAUGGGGGUGCAAGAGCUACACCCCUGAUUCUCUCAGGGAGCACUCCAUUGACUAUGGCUGGAAAAGGCUUCUUCAAUACGCUUGUUGCCUGGCGAGCAUUGAUCCUUUGCGCUCUGCUGAUAACACUGGCCAGCUCUUGUGCAAACGCCUCAAACACGACACUAACUUCACCUCGCACUGUCUCACCUGCAGCAACAGCUUCCCUCCGAUCAAACAGCCCCCUCACUCCCACAACUCCAACCUCCCUUCCUCGCACUGUCUCCUCUACUUUCCCCCAACUCUCGCCUUCUCUCCCUCCCGCCUCCCCCCCACCUCCUGCUGCCUAUAUCCAAAGCCAAAUCGUGAACACGCUUGUUCAAGCUGCCACAUUUCCAAUCGAGCCUGUUCUUUGCAACAAUGACGCAGCUGCUGAAUUUGUUGCGCGGAACCGGAGGGGUUACGGCAGCUACGGGGAGUGA